CGGUGUCUGGGGCUUCUGCUCGGUCAAACAUAUAUUCGUACAAUAGACCUCCGGCCACAAUAACAAAUGGAAUAAUAGAAGUGAAAAGAGCUACGGUGACGAAAGCAUUUGGCGAUAAUGGAACGAUAAAAGAGCCAGACACUCAUGGCUUUUUCGACUUUUGCAAUGAUAUUUCCCCCGCAGUCUGGCCGAAGAUAGUGCACAAAGACAGUCGCGUGCGACCCUCGGAAGAGUCCAAAAUUUAAAUAUUACAUAGCGCCUAUCAGCAUAGUAUUUAGUCCACGGCAAACAGAAGAUAGUUGUGGCACUGCACUGGGAGAAACCAGUGCAACUAACAAAGGUCGCGUGGAGCAAAAACCCGUUCACCGCGUCUGUAAAUUAGCUAGUCUCGUGGUUAAUUAAAAGCACACAAAAGUAAGUCUAGACAAAGCGAAGAGCGAGCACAAAAAGUUAGUCUUCGAUCUGUCAGAGACUGUUGACUCCCAAAAACCGGAGCGAGACCGUAGAAACAAGCCCAAAGCGGAGUCGGAGAAUCCGAUCCCCCGACAGAUUCUACGGCUAUAAAGCCGGGCCGCCAAAAUGCCGCGUUCGCAUUUCACUCGAAGGCAUUGUAUAGCGAUGACGGGCGGAUUGAUUGCAUCGGCGGUUCUAAUCUGGUGCGUCGCCCACUCGGCGGUCGAAUCCGCGGCCAAGCUCUACGAUCCCGGCGCUGAUAAAUCCACGCUCGAGCUGCUGCAUGUGGUAUUCCGACAUGGACCACGGACGCCGGCGGAUACGUAUCCCAGGGAUCCCUAUGUAAAUGAGACCUACUAUCCCUUUGGCUGGGGACAAAUAACAAAUAAUGGCAAACGCGAGCUGUUCAACAUUGGUACUUGGCUGCGUAAGCGUUAUGGCAAAUUUCUGGCGCCCAACUACAGUCCUGAUUCGGUCCACGCUCAGGCGACGGGUGUUCCGCGGACUCACAUGACCAUGCAGACCGUUUUGGCCGCCUUCUUCCCGCCAAAAGGCACCGACAUGGAGUGGAAUGGCCGGUUUAAUUGGCAACCAAUACCUGUCUUCUCCCAAGAACUCAAUGAGGAUACGCUCCUGCUGGUGCGAAAACCCUGCCCGCGGUAUUUCGAGGCUCUGAACGAAGUCUACGAGCUACCGGAUGUAAAAGCAGAAAUCGCACCCUAUCUUGAGAUGUUCAAGGAGCUGGAAGAGCAUACGGGACUGAGCUUCAAGGAGCCCGAGGAUGUGCAGUCCCUGUACUUGACUCUGCUCGCGGAACAGGAGUGGGGUCUAGAACUGCCUGAAUGGACGCAUUCCUACUUCCCGGAGAAACUCCAGUUCCUGGCCGAGCAGAGUUACGUCUACAAUGUCUACACGCCCGAGAUGCAGAAGAUCAAGGGAGGUCCGUUCCUGAAGAAAAUGCUCGACGAAAUGCAGCAGAAGAAGAACGGAACCCUGAAACCCAGUGGCAGAAAGCUCUUCAUUUACGCGGGUCAUGACUCGACGGUGGUGAACGUUCUUUCUGCCCUGAAGGUGUGGGAACGCCAGAUGCCUCGCUACUCGUCGAUGGUUAUGUUUGAACUGCAUAAAAGCAAGGAAACUGGCGACUACUGGGUCGAGAUCUACUUCCGCAACGACCCCACAGGUCAGGCUCAAAAGCUCACACUUCCUGGCUGUGAGUUCCAAUGUCCUCUGGACAAGCUAGUGGACUUCGCCAAGGACGUUCUUCCCACGGAAGAGGAUGACAAGCGGUGCGAGUCCCGAAAUCAAGGCUUCACAGAACCACCCCUCCGAGGGCCAUAAUAUCCACAAUUUGGUGGAUAUAGGAGAAUCGUUAAGGUGCUACACAUCUCAGGGAGUGGGACUGUCAACAGUCCUCGAUUAAGGUGUAAUUUUCUAGUUAAGUCAGUCAUUUAGCCUAGACCGAAUAAAAAUAAGUUUACUUUUUGUAUGUCAAUAGA